AUGCAAGUCUGGAGGCCAAGAUUGCCGACUUCGGCAGUGUCUAAGGCCUUCAAACAUGACAAGGACACACAUGUAUCCACAAACACACUCCUUGGUACCUAUGGAUACGUUGAUCCAGAGUACCUGGCAACGAUGCAACCAACAACAAAGAGUGACGUGUACAGUUUCGGUGCCGUGUUGCUUGAAUUCUUCACCGGAAGACCAGCUAUAUUGCCAGAGUCUCCGAUGCCCAUCAGCAUCGUCCAUUGGGUGAGGUCCCAGCUAGCGGAGGGCAACAUUGAGAGCAUGGUGGAUGCGCGCAUGCAUGGUUGUUAUCAUGUGAACAGUGUGUGGAAGGUGGCAAACAUCGCUCUGGAGUGCACCGCACAGGUGUCGCUGGAACGGCGCACCAUCAGCGACGUGGUGGUGCAGCUCCAAGAGUGCCUCAAGCUCGAGGAUUGCUAUGCAAGCAGUGACAUGAGCAGAGGCUUGUACACCGGAAGUGGAAGCCAUGAUCCAAACUUGAAUAAUGAAUCUCAGGACAGUGUUGCAUUAGAGAUGGAGUAUGUGUCUAGAAGGAUGGCAACAAGGACCACAGAUCCUGUUGCACGUUGA